AUGAAUGAUAUUCCGAAGCACGAGAGGCGUUGGGCGUCAGAUACUGUUCCCGGAAAAGUAACUGUCAGCGCCGGGACGUCGCCGGGAACCGAGUCUAGUUACGCUUCCGAUGAGUUUGUGGAGGUUACUAUCGAUCUUCGAGACGAUGACACAAUCGUUCUUCGUAGUGUUGAGCCAGCUGGUGCUAAUGUUAAUAUUGACGAUAGUGUCGCCAGUGUCGCCGGAAGCGGUUAUGAUACUCCGGCGUCUGUUCCGAUGUCGCCGUCGAUCCGGAGAAACUCGUCGAGAGGAUUCCGGCAUUUCUCGCAGGAGCUGAAAGCCGAAGCCGUUGCUAAGGCGAAGCAAUUCUCGCAGGAGCUAAGACGAUUCUCGUGGAGUCACGUUGGUGGUUUUGAAACGGCGUUGGCUGCUCGUGCUCUCAGGAAGCAACGCGCGCAGCUUGAUCGCACUCGCACCGGUGCUCAUAAAGCACUCCGGAGUUUGAAAUUCAUCAGUACUAAAUCCAACGGUUUAGAUGCGUGGAAUGAAGUGCAGAGAAAUUUCGAUAAACUUGCUAAAGACGGUUUUCUUCACCGCGUCGAUUUCGGUCAAUGCAUAGGUAUGAAAGAUUCCAAGGAAUUUGCUCAGGAACUCUUUGAUGCAUUAGGUCGUAAACAAAGAUUGAAGGUUGAGAAGAUAAACAGGGAAGAACUUUUCGAUUUCUGGACGCAAAUUACUAAUCAAAGUUUUGAUUCUCGGCUCCAGAUCUUCUUUGACAUGGUGGACAAGAACGAAGAUGGAAGAAUCACCGAAGAAGAAGUAAAAGAGGUCAUCAUGUUAAGUGCUUCUGCAAAUAAGUUAUCUAGACUCCAGGAGCAGGCGGAAGAAUAUGCAGCUUUGAUUAUGGAAGAGUUAGACCCUGAAAGACUUGGCUACAUUGAGCUAUGGCAAUUGGAGACACUUCUUUUACAAAAGGACACGUAUCUCAACUACUCCCAAGCUCUAAGCUACACAAGCCAAGCUUUGAGUCAGAACCUACAGGGACUUAGAAUGAAAAGUCCUAUACGUAGGGUGAGCCGCAGAUUUAUUUACUAUUUGCAAGAGAAUUGGAGGAGACUUUGGGUUUUAACAUUGUGGGUUUGCAUAAUGAUUGGACUCUUCACAUGGAAAUUUUUUCAAUACAAGCAAAAGGAUGCUUUUCAUAUAAUGGGUUACUGUCUUCCCACAGCCAAAGGUGGGGCUGAGACGUUGAAAUUCAACAUGGCACUUAUUCUUUUACCCGUCUGCAGAAACACCAUAACUUGGCUCAGGUCUACAAAGCUAUCUCAUGUUGUACCUUUUGACGACAACAUCAACUUCCAUAAGACAAUUGCUGGGGCAAUCGUAAUCGGUGUUAUACUUCAUGUCGGAGAUCACCUUGCUUGUGAUUUUCCAAGACUUGUAAGUUCGUCUGAAGCUGAUUAUCAUAAGUAUUUGAAUGGUGUAUUUGGUCAUGACAGACCUAGUUAUGCAGACCUAGUUAAAGGGGUUUCGGGUAUCACUGGGAUUUUGAUGGUGGUUUUGAUGGCAAUAGCAUUUACUCUCGCAACAAAAUGGUUCAGGAGGAAUCUCAUUAAGCUGCCUGAACCAUUUAGUAGGCUUACUGGCUUCAAUGCCUUCUGGUAUUCACACCAUCUGUUUGUCAUUGUCUAUGUCCUGCUCAUUGUCCACGGUGUAAAACUUUACCUCGUGCACAAAUGGUAUUAUAAAACGACCUGGAUGUAUCUCGCUGUUCCGGUUUUACUCUAUGCGUCAGAAAGAACACUCAGAUUAUUUCGUUCUGGCUUUUAUACAGUUCGUAUUAUAAAGGUUGCUAUUUAUCCUGGAAAUGUUCUCACAUUGCAAAUGUCUAAGCCUCCUCAAUUUCGCUACAAAAGUGGACAAUACAUGUUUGUACAAUGUUCUGCUGUGUCUCCCUUUGAGUGGCAUCCGUUCUCUAUUACCUCAGCCCCUGGGGAUGACUUUCUGAGUGUUCACAUUCGUCAACUUGGUGACUGGACUCAGGAGCUUAAAAGGGUAUUUUCAGAGGCCUGUGAGCCUCCUGUGUUAGGGAGGAGCGGGCUUCUUAGGGCUGAUGAAACGACAAAGAAAAGUUUGCCAAAGUUAAAGAUAGAUGGACCUUACGGGGCACCAGCACAAGACUAUAAAAAGUAUGAUGUUUUGUUACUGGUCGGUCUCGGUAUAGGAGCAACUCCUUUCAUCAGCAUCCUGAAAGAUCUUCUCAACAACAUUAUCAAAAUGGAGGAGCUGGCGGAUUCAGUCUCUGAUACAAGUAGAGCUUCAGACGUAAGCGUUGGGAGUACUGAUUCACCAUCUGUUAAUAAAAUUGCUCCAAAAAGGAGGAAAACUCUGAAGACUACCAACGCUUAUUUCUACUGGGUUACAAGAGAGCAAGGCUCUUUUGAUUGGUUCAAAGGAGUCAUGAACGAAGUAGCUGAGCUUGAUCAAAGGGGUGUCAUUGAGAUGCACAACUACUUGACUAGCGUAUACGAGGAAGGAGAUGCUAGAUCUGCCCUCAUCACCAUGGUUCAAGCACUUAACCAUGCCAAAAAUGGAGUUGAUAUUGUUUCUGGAACUAGGGUACGAACACAUUUUGCUAGGCCUAAUUGGAAGAAGGUUUUCUCUAAAAUGUGUUCCAAGCACUAUAGUGGACGAAUAGGGGUAUUUUAUUGUGGCGCACCAGUUUUGGCCAAAGAACUUAAUAAACUAUGCUUCGAGUUCAAUGAAAAGGGUCCAACAAAAUUUGAGUUCCACAAGGAACAUUUCUAA